AUGGGUCGGAUGAUGGGAGGAAACGUGAGCCUCUCGGAGUCCGAGGACGAGAGGGAGCAACAGCCUGUGGAGGUGGAAGUGGAGGAAGCGCCGCAAGAAGCGGUGAUAGUGCCUCCGACGUCGCCACCAGCGGAGCCAGCGCCCUCAGCGCCAGCAGUAGAAGCGCUCUCAGUGGAGGAGCCAACGGAGGAGGAAAUGGUGGAAGAUUGUGGGAUUGGAGCAGGCAUGACCUUUGCUCAGGUAGCCGAGAUGGCUACAGAGGCUGUGAGUCGAGCACAGCACCAGUUGGGCCGCUUGAGAGACAUGGAGUUCGAACUCGAGGUCGCCGAGAACCAGGUCGAGUUCGUUUCGGAGAGAGCUCCGGAGACGCCGGUGCCGGAAACAGUUCCAGAGACCCUGCCGCCAGCUCCAGUUGUGAAAGCCAUGCCCAAGAAGGUCGUGAGCAAGAAGAUGCCGAAGCCGACAGCACCGCGGCAGCCGCCACGGGGAUCGGUCGGCAGGAUCCCAGCUACAAAGUCAACUUCGAGCAGAGUGGUGGUGGAGAUGCCGACCUCGUCGGGAUCAAGUCCAAGUGUGGUGUUGAAUGAGCGGGCGAACAGAGUGUUGCCAACUCCACCGCCCCCGGAGCCGAUCAACGAGGCCACCUGGGCUACAGCGCCACCGCCAGUGGCCGCAGAACCUGCCGAAGCCACCACCGCCUCCAGCGGAGUCACGGUCAUCAAGGUCGAGAAGCCGCAGCCCAAAAGGGGUGAAGGUGAUCGUGAUUACCAAGAAGUGAUCCCACCAAGCAGGAUCCUUAAUUCGCCCAUUUCCUGCCCAUCGGGUUCAGGACAGAAGCCGCCAAUGGAGCAAAACAUGAGCAUGGUUGACCCUGCUUGCAUGGUUGAUCCUCUUGAGCUGGUUGUGCGUAGGAGCAGUGAGCUUGGUUGUGCAGCUGGUAGUGGACAGGAGCAAGCUAGUGGACAAGAGCAAGCCAGCAGUGAAGCCGUAGAAGAAGAGCAGUUUUGGUGGAUUUUACAAGACAGUGAGAUUGACUUUGACCUUGCCAGUCAUGUUUUGCGUGGACAUUUGCCGUACAACUCCUCUUGCGAAGUCUGUGUCAGGUCCCGUGGACUCCCCAAACCAGCCCGGGAAAGGCCCAGAGAAGAGGUCAUGAAGCAUGAAGUGCAGGUAGAUCAAUUCUUUAAGUCCUCCAAGAGAUUCAUUGUGGUAGUUCAUGUCCAGAGUGUUGCGUUUGGUUGUGUAGACGGAGAAGCAGGUAGACCGACAGUGGUAGAGCAGAUUGGCGCAUGGUUGUUGCAUUUUGGACUUGCAAAUGUGCGUGAAGGAGUAGUUUUCAGGUGUGAUGCAGAGCCGUACAUGAGAACGCUUCUCACUGAGGUGCUGUCAGGUCACAGCACACUGCAAGGACCGAUAGAGCAGUUCAAUCCAGCAAGGCACGCCCCAGCCGCAGAGAGAGCAGUCAGAGCUUUGCGUGAGUUGGGUAAUACCAUGUUGGUUGACAUGCAGGACCAUGGUGUUUGCUUGCGAGACACAAGUAGGUGCUACUCUUUGUUGUACAAUCAUUGCGCGCAUGCCCACAACAGAUAUGCUAAGAUUGCCGGCUCCGACCUCAGUCCGUUGCAGAGACUCAGAGGGAACACGCACAAGCCACAUCAGUUGUAUGUCUUUGGUGCCACAGUUUGUGCAGCAGCGCCAUCAGCAGCAGACAUGAUCGUUGGUCGAUUUGCGUUUGGUUGUUACCUCGGACCCGUGAUGGGAAGAACGUCACACCUUGUGAACCUGAAGUUGAGAGACGGGGCACUGAAGGUAGUCCAGGCAAGCUCUCUUAAGGUUGUGAUGCCACUGAGGUUCGAUCUUGAGCUCAUGGGUACGUUUGGUCGAAGGUCUGUUGGUGCGUUGCAUGAGCCCCCAAAGCCCCUUGGAGAUCCCGAAGACCCCGAACUUGUCACCGUUCCGUUGUCGAUUACCGAAGGUGGGAACCCUCCUGCUGAGUUCUUUCGUGAGCAUGGACCCACCAGAAGAUGUUUGGCAUGCCGUGGUGGUGACACACAUGGAGCCAAUCAUAACAGGGUUUGUCGAAAGAGGUAUCAAGAUUGGGUCAAGCUCCAAAAGAAGCUUGAGAGUGAGCCCCCUUCUGAGAAGUCGAAAGACCCCUACUUGCCUGAAGUUGCAGUUGACAAGCCAGUUGACGACUUGUUUGAGCAUGAUCGGCCGCUUGAUGUUGGAGAUUACUUGCCUGGCAGGGACGCCAACAUGCAAGACUACGAAGAGUACGUCCCAGACUCCGUGGACGCCCCCGGAGCAUCCGGACCAGCGUCAGCCUCAGACUACGCCCCCGGAGCAUCCGGACCAGCGUCAGGUUCAGACGCAGCCCCCGGACUAUCCGGACCAGCUCAGGACCAGCAGUAUGCAGAGCCAGGUGCACCUUCCGAGCCCAGAGGUGCAGGCGAACAGCAUGAGCAUUCCCCCGGACCGUUCGGGAACUCCCCGGAUACCGCCGAGGACGUUGAAAUGCUUGACAUGUUUGUUGCGGAACCUGAGCCUGAGUUGUUGUCUUGCGUUGCAGAAAGUGUUAUCCAGCAUGUGGUUGACAAUGUUCACUUCAAGACCAGUGUCUUCUCAGAUUUGUCGGAUCCUAGUUGGUUGAACCUUACGUUGAAUGACAAACGUGUGAAGCUUGAGCGCCCUAAGUUCAUCCGGGAUGACACCAACGGAAAGCCCCUUUGCCCCAAGAUGGCUGAAGAAGGGAUGGCCAAGGAGAUUAGAGCCCUUGACUCUUUGAGGGUUGGUGACCUUCUGACUAAGGCUGAAGCCGAUGAAUAUGCCAAGCAACACAGGUUUAAGAUUCUUUCCACUAGGUGGGUUUCGGUGGGGAAGAAGGAUGGUGAAACGAAGCUUGACAUUGUCAGGUCCAGAGUGGUCGUCAGAGACUACGCGAGCGGGUCCCCGACCGCCCCGGAGCUUGGCAUCUCGUCGCCAACAAGCAGCAACGCGGCCUUUAGGUUGUUCUUGGUUUUUGUCUCCGCCGCAGGAGGAGAUAUCAUACUUGCAGACGUGAGCACAGCUUUUUUGUUCGCAGAUGUUGUCAGCCCGGAAGUUGUCAUGAUGCCCCCAAAUCUGAAGUACCCAGACGGGUCUAGGGUGUACAUGAAGUUGCGGAAAGCGUUGUAUGGGUUGAGGUCAGCGUCUCUUGCUUGGUACCAGUUGUUGCGGAAGCUGGUUGAAGAACUUGGACUUGAAGCUUGCGAAACCGAGAAGACAAUUUUCACUGGAUACUUUAUCUUUGAGCGUGAGUCGCACUACAUGAUCUUGCUAGUCUAUGUUGAUGACUUGAUGCUUGGUUGUCGUAGUACGAAAGCAGCCAAACAGUUUGUGAAGUUGUUUGCCAAGAAGGUGAAAAUCAAGCUUGCCGGAGUUCUGUCCGAGGACGGGAAGGUGAGUUUUCUUGGCAGGAAUAUUCGGAGACAUGACCAGUCGUCUGGUAUCUUGGUUGGCUUGCCUGAGGGAUACUUUAGAACUACGUAUGAGGCCUACGGAAUCAAGAAACCGUCGAUCGUGGAUGAUGGCAUGGAAGUCCAGGCCCAGCAGCAGCCGCUGAGCCCAGAAGCGAGCUCUAGGUACAGAAGUGCAGUUGGCAAGAUUGCUUGGGGUGCCCAAACCAUGAUUAGCCUCACCUACUUUAUCAGCAUCUUGAGUCGAGGCCAGUCUCAGCCCCUUGCAGUGCACGAGGCCUGUCUGCGUGCUUUCUUGAGGUAUCUGUUGUCCAUAGAGAACCAGGAGCAGCUGUUGUGUUGCGAUGAUAAUGCAGGCCGGAUUGUCGCUUUUGUUGACAGCAAUUGGGCCUUUACGAGGCAGCAGACGUCGAUCGCAUUGAGCAGCGCAGAGGCGGAGUUAACCGCCAUUUGCGAAGGCAUGAAGGAGUGCAUUGGCUUGUCUGUGCUUGUGAAGCAUGUGUACCGGAAAGAGUUGGAAGAGAGUCAGGCACAUCGAUAUUCGCUUAUGUUGGGUCCAGGCAUGAGCGCAAGGGAGAGGCCAGUCCCCGAGUCGGAGGACGAGAUGGACCAAGCGCAGAGGGAGAUGAACCUCCUCGAGAGCUGGGGAAGGCCACAGCCCACGCAGCCCAUGGACACAAGCGCGAACCUGCGCAAGCGAGAGGACGCGGAAGGGGAAGCAAACGACAGGGCAAGCUCAAAGUACCGCAAGAGCCAGGGAAAAGGCAAGAGCGGACAGCCUCAGCCUCUGAGAAGCCGGCGUCAAGUCACGACGCAGGAGGGAGCCUCGCAGCAGGACUGCCAGGAGCUCUGCAAAAUGAUGAGCCGGCUGCUGCUUCGCCACGAGGACCAGAUGAGCAUCGACCGCACCCAGCACGGCUUCAUUAUGUUCUUCAAGAAGACAGAGAUCAGCAUCAUCCCCACCUUCCAGGAGAGAGCGGAGGCAUGGAGGCAGAUCAAGCUGACCAAGCCGCAGGACCUCACGAUGAGUCUGCACGUUGCACUGUCAAUGACAAUGUUCAAGGAGAUCCUGACGCGCCUGAACAACACCACUCCGGGAGCCUCUACCGACGCCAUGAUCAAGCUCAACUACCUCACGAAGGACCUGAAGCUCCCCUACUUGGAGUACAAGGCGGAAAGCAAGGCCAUGGUGAUCAAGGAGGAUCUGGAGCCGGUCACGCUGGAGGACAUGAAGAAGCGCGUAGGCCGGUUGCAGGAGCUCUGUGCUCUGGAGAACUUCGUGCUCAGGUUCCACUCCACGAGGCCGAUGCCAGAUGGCCGCGCGGAAACCAUACCGUUUCUGCUUCAAAUUGGGCAUCGCACUCAGGCAGCGAUGGAGGUGUGGGCCACGCUCCAACAGUUGU